AUGGUGCUACUCCGAGAGUCGAUUUUACUCCCCUUUGUCUUCCUUACAUGUUCAGUUGCUUCUCUGCCACCCACAGCCACAAGCACUACCACUGAUUACCUCACGCUCAUGUUGUUCAAAUCACUUGUGAAGGGUGACCCAAUGGGAGCCUUGGCAUCAUGGGGCAACCUGUCCAUUCCAAUGUGCCAGUGGCGCGGUGUGGCCUGUGGCUCAAGGGGACACCGCCGUGGGCAUGUGGUUGCAUUGGACCUGACCGGGCUCAACCUUCUCGGCACCAUCAGCCCUGCCUUGGCCAACAUCACGUACUUGAGGCGGCUCAACCUUCCACAAAAUCGCUUCUAUGGCAUCUUGCCACCAGAGCUCGGUAAUAUCCAUGACCUUGAAACUCUAGACCUUAGCUACAACUCCAUUGAAGGUCAGAUUCCCCCAUCACUCUCCAACUGUAGCCGCUUUGUAGAAAUCUUGCUCGACAGUAACAAACUGCAGGGGGAAAUACCAAGUGAAUUCAGCUCCUUGCCUAAUCUCCAGUUACUCAGUCUUAGAAAUAAUAGACUUACUGGAAGAAUCCCUUCCAGCAUCGGAAGACUUGUAAAUCUGAAAAGCCUACUCCUAACAUUUAACAACAUCACAGGAGAAAUCCCCGCAGAAAUAGGCAGCCUUGAGAAUCUCUCCACGCUAGAUCUAGGUUCCAAUCAGUUCUUUGGAACCAUCCCUCCUUCACUGGGAAACCUCUCACAUUUAACUGCUCUUAUUUUUUCCAACAAUAACCUUGAACAAAGCAUCCCACCACUGCAAGGUUUGUUAUCUCUCAGUAUCCUUGACCUAGGUCAAAACAACCUGAAGGGGAACAUUCCAGCUUGGAUAGCAAACCUCUCAUCAUUAGUGACUCUAAUUCUUGAGAAAAAUAGUCUGGAAGGGAACAUACUAGAAUCACUAGGGAACCUUGAGAUGCUUACAACUCUUGCUCUGAAACAAAACAAUCUUCAAGGCCAUGUGCCCCAUUCUAUUACAAAUCUAUAUUCACUUAAAAACCUUUAUAUAGGCUUUAAUGAACUAGAAGAGAUUGGUGCCAACAGGCUUACAGGCGAGCUGCCAGAUUCAGUUGGCAAUCUUUCAACAAAUAUGAAGUAUUUUAUCACGAACCACAACAGCAUAACUGGAGGAAUACCUGAAGGCAUUGGGAAUCUGGUCAACUUGCAGUUCGUUGAGAUGAACAACAAUCUUUUUGAGGGCCCUAUUCCAGACUCAUUUGGCAGACUCAAGAAGCUGAAUCAAUUAUACCUCUCAGGCAAUAAAUUUUCAGGAUCCAUCCCAUCAAGUAUUGAAAGGACAAAAUCAAACCCAGAAACAUCACUUACAAGUGAGCAACACAUAAGAGUGUCUUAUGCUGAAUUGGUCAGUGCAACAAAUGGUUUCGCUUCUGAGAAUCUAAUAGGAGCAGGAAGCUUUGGCUCAGUCUACAAGGGAAGUAUGACAAGCAAUGGACAGCAACAAGAAGUUGCUGUGAAGGUGCUCAACCUGACACAACGUGGAGCCUCUCAUAGUUUUGUUGCUGAAUUAUGCUCAAGUAUUGACUUCCAUCGUGAUAACUUCAAGGCUCUUGUAUACGAGUUCCUACCAAAUAGAAAUUUAGACCACUGGCUACACCAACGUCCCAUUGAAGAUGGUGAACGGAAGGCACUAGAUCUCAGCGUUAGAAUUAGAAUUGCAAUUGAUGUAGCAUCAGCACUGGAAUAUCUUCAUCAAAGCAAGCCUUUGCCAAUCGUUCACUGUGAUCUUAAGCCGAGCAAUGUUCUACUAGACAGAAACAUGGUUGCUCAUGUUGGAGACUUUGGACUUGCAAGGUUUUUACACCAGGAUGCAGAUAAAUCAAGUGGUUGGGCAUCGAUGAGAGGAACAAUUGGUUAUGUUGCCCCAGAGUAUGGCCUGGGUAAUGAAGUCUCAAUGCAAGGUGAUGUGUACAGCUACGGCAUACUAUUGCUGGAGGUGUUCACUGGAAAAAGACCAACUGACAAUGAAUUUGGAGAAGGCCUUGGCCUCCGCAAAUAUGUGGAAAUAGCAUUGCCAGGCAGGGUGACUAGUGUGGUGGACAGACACUUGGUACAAGAGACAGAAGAUGGUGAAGGGAUUGCAGAUAUGAAAAUUUCCUGCAUCACUUCAAUUCUACGCAUCGGGGUUCAAUGUUCAGAGGAGGCACCGGCAGACCACAUGCAAAUCAGUGAUGCUCUGAAAGAGUUACAGGGAAUCAGAGACAAGCUUCAAAACAUUAAACAUCUAUGCAUCGAAGGAGAAUAA